AUAAACCAAAAGUGAAAGUAGAAUCGUAUGUGAAUAAUAACGUGUGACACUAUCUGAUACCUUUAUUUUGGACUUUGUUAAAAGGAUUCUUAUUUAAAUACGAUCAAGAGUACAAGACAUCUAUGAAAUAUGGUAGAGGUGGUAGACGACAAGCAUUCUGGAAUCACAGUACAGAACAUGUUUAAAGCAUGGGAAGAAGGAUUGUAUUGUGAUGUUACCUUAAAAUGUGGAACAAAACAAAUCACAGCACAUAAAAUUGUUCUGGCAUCAUUAUCCGAUUAUUUCAAAAAUCUUUUUAAAUAUCAUAAUAUUCAAAGUGAUAAACAUUUUGAAGAGUAUGAGUUAGAUCCUAGUAUUUUCAAAGAGGACACUCUUUAUCAAAUUAUCCGAUAUGGUUACACUGGUAGAAUUAAAAUAGAAGUUGGAUUUGUUCAAGAAUUACUAAUGGCAGCAAGUUUUCUGCAAAUAAGAUUUGUUCUGACCGAAUGUGAAAAGUUCAUGACACAUAAUAUCGAAACCGACAAUGUGAUUGCUUUAGUGUCUUUCAGUAAUCUCUUCAAUUUAAAACGUCUUUUGGACGCAGUUUGCAGUUUUAUUUCCAAAGAUUUUAAAGACCUCAGUAAGAGUGGAGCAUUCUGGAAGCUAUCGACAGACGACUUUAAAACAGUGCUACACAGUGAUCAUUUGACUGUUUUUGAACAUGGUAUUCCAGUAGAAAAUCCUGAACUGGAAAUUUUGAAACUAGUUGGUGUAUAUCUUAGUAUUACGAGUGUAAGUCACAAGGAUUUCAAAGCAUCUACCGUACUCGAAUUGCUUGGGGAAAUCCGUUUCAGAGACAUUAACAACCUCGAUGAUUUGAAAUCAGUUGUCGAUCUUUAUCCGAUUCUGAAUUGCCAUUUACUUCAGAAUGCCAUUAAUGCUGAAUCGAACACUAGUGCAGAACUAUUAGAUCGCAAGUUUACAAACCGUCGUAAAACGCUCCGGACUGGGUGGAAAAGCUUUGCUGAUGGUGGUCAAGAGAAUCAUGUUAUUGAAAAGUUUGUUGAAGCUUGGGAAGAUGGCAAGGAUAUAAAUGACAGACCAAUAAACUUUAAGCUGUGGAUAAGAAGGUGGUAUAAUCUACCAGUUUUGGGUGGAAUUUCUAUACAGUAUCGAAGUGGAAAACUUGUAAUACACGGCGGAAAGCCAAACUCUGAAUCAAUAUUUGUGUCAGAACAUGAAUUUUCACUGGAAGAAAAUGAAGUAAUCACCAAAAUAAACGUACGUAGUGGGUGGAUGAUUGACAGUAUAAAAUUUUUCACCAAUUUUGGACGAGAGUUUGGUCCAUUUGGGGGCCCUGGUGGAACAGAAAUAAAAACUGAAUCAUUAUAUAAUGACGCAAUGAGUUAUUUACAUUCGUUCGAUGGGAAGGUCGUUAUGGCCACGGGUUAUCUUGGAAUUACGUGUAUGAAAUUUGUAUGGGUGAGUUAUCGUGAAAAUCAGUGUAAUGAGAUUUUCCCAAACAGUGAAAGCGAAGAAGAUUGUGCUUUUCUAUCAAGUUAUGAUGGAUCAGAGACUGAUUGAAUUGACAAAGAGCAAUGUAUACAAGUCUAACAACUAAGGUUACAAGAAUAUGAUUACUUAGAUGAAAGGGAACAGUUGAUGUCUCCCAGUAAAGUUCGUAAUCAAAACUCGGAAUCCAAGAAAUAAGGGAAUGUUUCAUGGUUAAGUGGCUAAUGUUGAGGUUGAGAUGUAUAUAUUCGAGUGACUUUGAAAAAAUAUCAAUAAUUUUUUUU